GAACGGUGUGGGAGGCGGACCGGGGAAUCGCCCUAAUAAUCCUCCACCAGGCGCAGCGGGCGCAGGUGCAGGCGGUGGAAAUUCGUGGGGCGGAGGCAUGUUUCGUUUAGGUGGGAACGGCAAUGGGAACAACGCUGGUGGCAACAAUGGAGGACAAAAUCAAAAUGCUCACAACCUCGCCCAGCAGCAGAAUUCAAAUUGGUUUUGGCAAACCGAUGCUUCGUUCCGUCGCCCCCCGGACACCGUGGGCUACUUAGGUUUCUGGCGACUUGUCGCUUUUGUUCUCAUCUGCCUCCGUUCCGUCAGCUGCGUUUGCGUGAUCAGUGGAAUCUUGCGUGUCGCGUGCUGCUCCGACGCCGCGAAAGCCGCCAAGAUCGCGGCCGCUAAGUCAUCUGACAAAGGCGCGAAAACAAGUAGCAAACAGCAGUCUGGCGGCCCCACCGGUUCUGGUUCUGCUUCCGGUCAGUUUCGGAAUGCCGGCGAGGACGGCCUAGCAGAAAACAAGGGAUCCUCGAGUCGAGCCUCCCUUGCCCUCGGCUACGUGCAACGUUGCGAGAAGCAGAGUCGAGGGGACCCGGGGGCGGGCGUUUUGGUACCCUGCGCGGGAAACGCGAGGAAGUCCGGAACGCUGCCCUUGGGCCUGCCCAACCUGGGGAACACCUGUCAAGUGAACAGCUUGCUGCAUCUCCUGAUGCAGGCGCCGAGUUACUGGAAACUAUUUCUGGAAAUGCGGCGCAUCGAUGCGAAUGGAGCUACGAUGGAGAGUCUCGAGAAAGACGCCCAAGCGGCCACGAUCGGCAAGGCCUGCCGUACUUUCUACGCUGAGUAUUUGAAGCAGCAGUUCGACCAGCGCACUGUGUUCAACAAGAGCUGGUACUUCGACAACACCCGCGUGCUGCAGUCUGUGCCCCCCGUGAACGUGAGCGCGAUUCUCGACUACGUCUGCAAGGCCUUCCGCGACCCCAUCCAGGCGGCCAGGGGCACGCAGCAGGACAUCCACGAGCUGUUGCUCGGCGCGUUGGCCGUAUUGACGAGCGGGAGGCUGCAGACGCGUGCUAGCAUGAUGAAUACGGUCGUGACGAAGCGCAGCUGGAUCAAAAGCGACCCCUUCGACCGAAUCAACCAUGUGGCGUCGGCGACUGUAGUGCGGCCGCUGACCGCUGAGGAGGAGGAAAUGGAGCGGAAAAACAGACUUUCUUCCCACCCCACGCUGAUUCACCGCCCAGCCACCGUCCACGGUACCGGGUCGCUGCUCGAGUACAAGGCCAACGAAACAACAUCGCUCGUGUUCCCCAUUACCUGUAGCGCGGACACAACCCUCCGCGAGGUGGAGGGGACGGUGGACACCCAAACUUUUUCAAAACAAGAAGGGGAGGCGCUUGGACUCCCGGCCAACUUCACGGCUUCGCAAAAGCAGCAGCGCUGCGUCGUGAAAGUGCGCGAUUUGCAACUGUUGCAAGAAACGCACUUCGUCCAACGGGACCUUGCGGCCGACGGAAUUUUCGUCAGCUUCGCGCCCUACCAGGGGGGCAUGCGAAAGAUGCCUCUGGAAGUGCGAAAGCCUUUUGUGGAAGACCAAUUGCGAUUCGAUGGUUUCGGCCGACCGGGGAGCGUGCGGUAGCUUUUUCAUUUUGCCAGCUUUCUGCAUGGACCUGUUUUUUGAAGAUCCACUGUGGUUUUGUGCAUAAACAUCGUUGUACAAACAUUAAAAUAUUGACGAGGACGAAAUGAUGCACAAGAUGAAGAGAAACAAAAACAAUCCAGGUGGCAGCACACCGGCCGUCCUGUGCAAGCCUCGUUGCAAGCCUUCGUAGCACACACCGGAGCGGAGCCGGGCUUCGAUGUGUCCGCCUCCGCUCUCGACGCUGGGCACUACAAAACGUACGUUCGCGUGGCUGUUACAACCGGGGGAGACGACACGUGGAUGUGUGUUGACGAUACCAAAGUUCUCCUCACGCCUCUGGCUCAGGUGACCCAGCGCCUCGUAGACGGAGUGUUGUUCUACUACGAAUUUGACUUCGCAAAUGCAGACACUGACCUGCCCGCUCCUGCGACUCUCGCCGGACAGACCAAAAACGCGCCGACCGCCACAGUGAAGAACAUCAUGGGCCCGACGCAAAAAAACGAGCCAAAGAACAACGCUGCUCAUGAUGGCAACGGCCCUGCCGUCGCCAAAGAAGCAAAUCCGAAUCCCGAGCCUGCCAGCAGAACGCUGCCACAUGACAUUGCGCAGUUGCCACCGUGCCGCACGUACAAAUCACCAGCUAACGAUGAACAGGAGAUCGCAUUCCAAGUUGCUGCUGCCGGAUUACUACUAGCCAAAGAGCAGGACGACCACGAAGAGACUUUUUUGAAAAAUGACGAUGAAGCGGCGCCCUUGUUGCAGUUGAUGCCCGUUGCAGAGGAGGAGGAGGAGUCUGAAGUUAAAACGCAGCAGGAGGUUCAAGCCGAGGUCGAAAAUGUCGAAACUCCUGAAACGCUACACCAGCCUGUAAUAAAAACUUCCGAAGCUGCCGCUGUGCAACAAGUACAAGAGAAAGAAUGCACCCUAUCGUCGGCUGCGGCGGGUGGUCCGAAGACGGAGGUGCAGUCCUCGACAGGAAGGACGGAACAAAAUCUGGUUUGUGCAGAUGAAAAUGGAGCAAGGGCUUCGGGUUCGGAUCGCGGUUUCGUCAAGGAUGAGCCGCAAAGUUGUGCUGCUUCUCCUUCCGAUCCUGCUGUUGGAGUUCUUGGGGCGAUCGCACAGAAUGAAGAACGAUUUGAGUUAUUGGCCACGGUGAACGUGAACGAACCAAAAUCACAGGUGGACGAGCAAGUCCUCAAAAAUGAAAUCCUGGAAGACGAUUACCUGGCUGAAGAGCGCACCCCUCUAUACCCGCAAAUCUGAAUCAGGCGAUUCUCUGCUGCUCUUGCGUCCUCGAGGACGCGAUCCUCGCCAGCUAUUAUGGCAUUUUACAAAAAUAAUGACCACGAUGAAGACCACGGUGGUAUACUCCCGCCUUUUGACCAUUAUCCAAAAAAAAUGAAAAUUCAUGACUUCGCUCAUAAUGACCAGUGUAAUAACGCCCUGCAAUUUUGUUAUAAUUUUGGAAAAUAUAUAAAAGACAGACGCAUCGUUGGACUUCUUGGCUGCGGCUGCGCGUGAGCGAAAGCGUUUAUUUUGAUGGAGGGCCGCUAGCCCUAGGCCUAGCGCUUUGAGAUUUUUGAUGGCCGUAGCUAGUACGAUGAAUACGAUGAAGAGAUUGACGACAUCCAAUCAAGUUCAAGUCCACCUCCGGCACGAGAAGUACGAGCUUGAAAAGAAGGGAUGCCGGGUCCCGUUUUUGCUCUGUGAAUCGACGUCUACGGCAUCCAGUAUGAUGCGCAGAACCAGUUUUGAUAUGCUCGUAAGUGACAGAGACGAGCACUACUAGCCAAGUACGUAGAGCAAUAUAUGAAUCAAUGGGGUUUGCCUUUGCUCGGUCGACCAAGUAGACGAGCAGCACGGCUGUGGCAGAAUAGCUGAAUGAUGUUGCGCGAUUAUUUUUACCUGUAUAGUAUUGCACCCAAUAAUUAAUACUCCGCCGUGCGAAACCGAACAACAAAAAAAUCAACUUGCUAAGUUGUAACUCUUCGC